GACAUUUCUUUAACCUCGUUCAUUUGACAACAUAACACGUGUUUUUACGUGUUUUCGGCAUGGAAGAAUCAGAAAAUAUAAACUUUGUGCCUUGCGUACGUUGGGUACGAAAAGGCGUUGCAAACACUAAUCCUUCAAAGGUGCAACUCUCCAAAGUUGAACUAUUACAAAUAAUAAAGGACACGAAAAGUAAACUAAAUGUUAAUUCUAAUGCAGAAAAUGGGGAUGACGAUGAAGAUGCACCAAUGGAAGGGGAAACUUCUGGACAAGAUGAAUUCAAUUUGGAAAACUAUGAUGAAGAUGAUGAAAACACAGCAAAUGCAUUGGGAAUUCAAUCACUCGCAGAAUUGCCAGAAAAUGAUCAGACUGACAACUUCUCAGAAUCAGAUGAUUCAGAUAAAGAAGAUGAUUAUAUAAAGAAAACGGACAAUUUAAUCUUAGUAGGUCAUGUUGAAGGUGCUGCAAGUAUUUUGGAAGUUUAUGUAUACAAUGAAGAAGAAGAAUCUUUAUAUGUUCAUCAUGAUAUACUCUUACCCUCCAUUCCCUUAUGUCUGGAAUGGCUUGAUUAUGAACCAGGUUCACCCAAAGGCAACUAUUGUGCUGUUGGUUCCAUGUCCCCAAUUAUAGAAGUCUGGGAUUUAGAUGUAAUGAAUUCUAUUGAAGCUGCUUUUAAACUUGGCAGUGCAGGAAGCCGUAAAAAGAACAAGCCACAAGUAGGGCACACAGAUGCAGUUCUGGCUCUUGCAUGGAACAGAUCAUUUGAUCACAUAAUGGCUAGUGGUUCAGUUGAUAAUACUGUUUUACUCUGGGAUAUGGAACAUCAAGUACCAAGCACUAAGAUUACUAAUUUUACUGAUAAAGUACAGUGCUUGGAAUGGCAUAAACUUGAAGCACAGACUCUGUUAGCUGGUGGUUGUGACUGCACAGCUAAAGUAUUUGAUUGCAGAAAUCCAGAACCACAUCAGUCCUGGGCACUGGAUGGUGAAGCUGAAAGAUUGAUUUGGAAUCCACUUCAGCCAUUCAUGUUUGUGGCAGGUACAAGUAAAGGUGUUAUUCAAGGUUUUGACUGCAGGAAAGGUUUAUUGUGGUCAGUUGAAGCACACAGUAAGGAAGUGACAGGAUUAACUAUCAGUGGACAGUGUCCAGGAUUAAUGGUCACUGCUUCACCUGAUGAGACUUUAAAAACUUGGGACAUUACUGAAGAAAAUGCGCCUAAACUAGUACAUGAGAAGGAAUUUAAUAUUGGAAAUGUGCACUGCUUAGAUUUAUGCCCAGAUUCACCAUUUGUAAUCACUGCUGGUGGUGAUAAAAAAUCAAAUAACUUUUUAGUAUAUGAUAUUCAGAAUCUUGAUGUUGUGAGACAUCAUUUUGAAUCAAGACAACUAAUACAGCUAGUUGCAGAAAAUACAACAGAAGAAACUACUAAUAAUACAUAAAUUGUAAUGAUAAAAAUAAAGUUUUUAUAAAAUUA